UUUUCUUUUCUUUCUUUUUUGCUCGAUUGCUAUCUGCUGUAGAACUUAAAACCAUCAGCGCGCAUUAUGACAGCUAAGUCGAUUGUCACUGGUACUGCUGGUAUUGAGACUGAUCCCGAGAAACUGGACCGUCAUGUGGAGCGACCUGAUUCUAACAAGGAGCAAAUUGAUGCUGGUGAUAACGAUGACGACAAGAAGGCCGAGAAUUCCUACACCGAGAACAUCUAUGGAAACGCAAAAGACGUCGAUAAUUCAGUGCUUGAGAAGCAGCUCGUGCGAAAAUUGGAUAUCAAGAUAAUGUUUAUCGUCUGUGCAUGGGAGAUGUGUACCCGUAUCGAUGGUGGAAGCGCUCUACCACAAGCAAGAUUAGCAGGGCUUAUGACAGAUCUUAGCUUGACCGAAGCGCAGUAUCGCUGGUGCUUGACCGCACCGUUUUUAGGAUUUCUUAUUCUAAGUAUACCCAUCAAUUUAGUCUUACGAAAUUGGCGCCCAUCCUGUGUAAUGGGAGUACUAGCUUUGAUAUGGGGCGGCGUGACAAUGGCAACUGCUGGUGUAACGAAUUUUCAAGGAUUAUUAACAUGCCAGAUUGUUCAAGGCAUCGCCUCAUCUGCAAAUGACUCUGUCCAAAUGUAUUACAUCUCCCUGUGGUACAGGAGAUGCGAAUCUGCUCAACGCUUCGGAUGGAUGUUGAUUGCUGCAGGUCUAUUAGCAUCCGUUAGAGGGCUUAUAUCCUAUGGUAUAACAUUUAUUCCGACGACAACCAUGAACAGCUGGCAAUGGAUGUUUCUAUUGUAUAGCAUACCUUCUGUCCUAUGUGGGAUAUUUUGCCUCCUGCUCCUACCAGAUCAGCCAGAAACUGCCACGUUUUUAAACGAGGAAGAGCGAGCCUUAGCCAUACAACGCCUGGCCACAGAGCAAGCAUUUACUGCAACGCAUGCUUGGUCCUGGUUACAAGUUGCUAGCGUGCUUACCGAUUGGAAGCUUUACUGCCUCGGUAUGAUAUUUAUGCUUUGUGAAAUUGCGGGAAGUGGCGCGAGGCUGAAUAUGCCGGCGAUUAUUGAUGGCAUUGGAAAUUGGGACGAGGCCGUGUCCCUUGCUUUGACAGCACCGCCGUGGGUAACAACCUGCAUCGCUAUGUAUUUUUAUCCGAAACUAUCAGAUCAGCUACAGCAACGCGCGUAUUUUCUAGUCGGAUCAUUUGUACUGCUUGCUGUUGGCAUGCUGCUCAUCAUGUUUGUGCCAGAACAAGUUGUUGGUGCACGGUAUUUUGCUGUAAUCAUUUACACCAUUGGAAUGAGUCUUGACACACCUAUCAGAAACGCAUGGUGUACUGACAACUUUUCAGGGCUGACCCGACGAGCGGUGGCUUCUGCAUUCUUAUACAUGGCGGCGGCUGCCGGUAAUACUAUUGGUGGUCAGGCAUAUUUUGAUCCUCCGCGGUACAUGAUGGGACACACUAUUGCGUUGUGUGCUGCUGCCGCAGGAAUUGUUUCGACCCUGGGGCUCCGAUUUGUGUUGAAACGGAUAAACAACGAACGAAUCACGUUGGUACAGGAUGAAUCAAGGAAGCAGGAAGCAAUCGCCAGAUACGGAGAGAAAGUAGUCGGUGAUAGGCAUCCAGGUUAUCGUUAUAACCUAUAGUGGUGUAUAUCAUCUUAUACGAUGGGAUCAAACAGCAGUGAUUGCGAAUGAAAUAUACGAUUCAAUUUUUUUGUACAUAGUCUUGUGAUUCUCGCAUUCUGUUUGCUCGUUAUAUGUAUGCGUUGUUACAAUGGGCGGCCCACCUGUCUCGCUCUAUUUGUAUAAAG